GUAAUCCUGAUUUAUUUAUUUCAUUUAUUAUACCUUAAAUGUUAAUGAUUUGUAUUAUUAUAUCUGAUUUGCUCAUCAUAAUAAGCGGUAUGAUAGAAUAUUAGAGCAGAAUUUAAUCAUUAUUUAAUAUCCAUUAAUAAAGUGCAUUGGUUUAUUUGUGUUUAAUGUUUAAUGACGUGGUGACGUGACAUGAAAAUAAAGGAAUCAUUAAAAAUGAACAGAAAAUAAAACAAAACCAAUUGUUAAAAUGACGUCAAAAUGUGUCAUGAAAAUGAAAAUGUAUUGUGAAAAUAAAGGAACCGUGUAAAAGAAAAGAGUUGUGAAAAAAUGGACGUAAAAAAUAACUGGAUCAUGUGAAAAAUUAAUGUGAAAAUAAAUACACUGAGAAAUGAACAUGAAAAUGCAGAAAUCAUGAGAAAUUAAAGUAAUUAUAAAGUUAAAAAAAAGUAGAUUAUUCAUGUGAAAAAUGAAAGUGAAUAAAAAUUAAUAUGAAAAUGAAUGUGUGAAAAUGAAUGCGGGAAAAAAUUAUUAAUGCAGUAUAUAUACUUCUGUGUGAGGAUUGUGAGUUUGCAUGCCGAGCCUCUAUAAUGGACCUCUGGUGAUGUGUGUGUGUGUGUGUGUGUGUGUGUGUGUGUGUGUGUGUUAGUUAUAUAAGUAGGUAAAAUUUCGCUUUGACUCAUGAGGGACAAUGAUUCAGUCUUUCUAGAUUGAGAACAGGCUGUGUCUGGGCAUGUAGCCAAACUCUCACUCAGAAAGCACCAGAGCGCCUUUCUGCCUGCUGGAUUGUUUUCUUUUGUUGUUUUUUAUGUAAGUUUCACUGCUUCUUUUUUGCAGAAUGUCGUCUUUCACAGUGAGUGAAUCAGACCGAGAGAGGGAAAAAAACAGGAACAGGAGUUCUUAGAGCCACACGGGGAGGAGGCACGGCCAAAACGUUAAUCACUGACUAGGACUUGUCGACGGGACGUGUCGAGUUUCUGGUGCCCCAUUACAGAGUUAACACCGAGGAUCUACAGUGCCUAGAGAUUAGAAACGUGGCACCAUGCAAUCUGUUACGUUUCUCACCGUGACCAUUCUGCUCACGGUCAAUGCAGGUGCAGAUCAGAUGACACUGAGCACUCUACAGUCGAUGAAUGCAGUGUGUGGUGAGACCGUCAGACUGCCAUGCAGUAUCGACAAGAACGUCACAGUGAUGGGCUACUAUUGGACAGAUGGAAACAAAACGAUCUGUGAUUAUAAGGCCACUGUGAAGGGAGAGUCUCAACAUAUCUCCUGCGAAUACACAGAUAAUCAAAGUUUAGUGCUGACCAUUGAAUAUGUACUACCAAGCAAUAGUGGCCACUACCACUGUUUCCUUUUGGCCAAGUCAGGCCACACAUCGAACACAACCACCCUACAAGUCUCAGACUGCAGUGAGCAAGUGAUUGCUGAGCAGAGGAACCAGAACUGGAAACAACCUCUAAACCAUGCCUGUGCUUCAGAAAACAAAUGGAUAAACCUGCUGGUUUCAUUAACAGCGCUUGUGUCACUCAUUUUGGAUUUGGGUAUUUAAAAGAAAGUUGCAACGAAACUCAAAGAAACAUUCAGAAAAAUCAGGAGGUCCGCUGAUUGAUUGGAAAGUGUAGAUUAGAAAGCGUAUGGAAACAUUAUGUGAGCGAUUUCUGUGGCUUUUAAAUCUCAGGAACUGUUUAACUCUCAGAAAUGAGAAAGAUCGUUGGACUGAGAAGGAUUUCAAAUGGCCGAAGACAAUGAUGAUGAUGAUGGUGAUGAUGAUGAUGAUGAUGAUGGAUGUUUUAUACAGAGACAGGUGAUCAAACUUUCAGCGCUGACCUCCGAAUGCAUGGAACGCAUCUGCAUAAAGCUCGCUCGCAAUGUUUUCGCCUUUAAAGACUUCAGAGGACAAAAUAUCAGCUGUGAAUGAUCUUGUGAAAAGCCUCGACAUUUGGGACCUGCACAAAACACUGAUGUUCUGGAGAAACAAACAAAUAAAUAAAUAAAUACAAUUUGUUAAAUUCAACAAUUAGUUCAGUGUAUAGAAGAGGUACAAUAUGCUGUUAGAUGCUUAAGUUACAACUGACAUGUCAUUAAAGGACAGCUAUUUAAUGGUAUGCUCUUAGAGAAUGUCAAGCUGUACACAGAUAAUGUGACGUAUGAACAAAAUCCUGUGAUGAAGAAAAAAUGUGAUGAAAAGUGAAGAAUGAUUGAGGCAUUCCUUUUUUAAUUUUUUAUUUGAUUUUGAUGUGUUUGUACUUUGGAGCAUUACAUAAAUACUUCUAACUUUUACUUCCCCCCCACCCUCUCUCUCUCUCUCUCUCUCUCUCUCUCUCGCUCUCUCUCUUUCUCUCUCUCUUUAUGCAUAACAUACAGGAAAAUAAGGGACUCUCUUAAUGAGUAACUUUGAGUAUCGAUCACAGUUCUGUUUAAUGGUGUAGCCUUUAUGGCUCUGUAUUUUAUCAGAUAAAUCUAACUGCAUGCAUCACACACACACACACACACACACACACACACACACACACACACACACACACACAUACACACACUUUUUGUUUGUUUAUUUUUUAUUUCAUUUGAAGACCAUUACUAUUCUUCAG